UUGCCAUGAAAGAAUGGGAAGGCAAUGAUGUGAGAUAUGGAAAGGUCUGGUGGCAGUGGUAGGUGGUACAGGUCAUCUCACAGAGUCUGCACGCUCCCAGGGGUUUGAAUUGCACAGGAGCAGGUGACUCCAGCUGGUUCCCAGGUGACACAAGAGGUGCAAAUCCAGGCAGAUCCCUUGUCAGCCGCUGAAAAGUUGUGUGCGUGCGUGUGAAAUUUCUAGGCUUAAUCUGCAUUGCUCUGUGUGUGUGCAUGCGUGUAAGCUUUCUGCAGAGCUCUAGAGCAUGUGUGUCAUGUGGGGUGAGGCCAGAAAAGCAGAUGUACUCACCAUGCCACUCCUACUCGGGGAUUAGAGAUGCUCAGGGGACAGCAGGGAGAAGCUGGGACACACCUCCCUGACUCACUGCCGGAGACAGCAGCAGCUUCUGCAGGUUCAAUAGGCCUCAGAUCUUUAUAGCUCAAAUAAAACCCUGCAGAUCCAUUGCCAGCAACCAUCCCCUUCUUUUGGUUAACCAGAGAGGAGGAGGAUGGCCUAUGCUGAGGAAGACAGAAAUAGCUACGAGGUGUAUAAGGAAACAGCAGACUGGUUGCGUGCCCGUGCUGCCCAGCGGCCCAGGAUCGCCAUCAUCUGCGGGUCUGGGCUGGGAGGUCUGGCUGAUGUGUUGGAUAACAAGACAGUCUUCCUGUAUGAGGACAUCCCUCACUUCCCACGGAGCACGGUGGCAGGGCAUGUUGGCAGGUUGGUGUUUGGGGAGCUGAAUGGACAGCCCUGUGUGUGCAUGCAGGGACGUUUCCACUCUUAUGAAGGCUACUCUUUCAGCACGGUCACCUUUCCCAUCAGGGUGUUCUUUCUCCUGGGGGUGGAGAUCUUGAUUGUCACAAAUGCUGCUGGAGGACUGAAUCCCCACUUCCAAGUGGGAGACAUCAUGUUCAUCAGGGAUCACAUCAGCUUGUUUGGCUUGGGGGGGCAGAAUCCCCUGCGUGGACCAAAUGACGAGAGGUUUGGAGUGAGGUUUCCCUGCAUGUCAGAUGCUUAUGAACAAGAUCUGCUCAGCCUGGCAAUGGAGAGUGCACAGGAGCUGGGGUUCCUGAGCUUCACCAGGGAAGGAGUGUACUGCCUGCUGCCUGGGCCCUGCUACGAGACCGUCGCUGAGUGUCGCCUGCUGCAGGCACUGGGAGCUGAUGCUGUGGGCAUGAGCACUGUCCCAGAGGUAAUUGUAGCCAGGCAUUGUGGCCUCCGAGUCCUUGGGAUCUCCCUCAUCACCAACAAAGUGGUGAUGAGCUACAACAGCCAAGAGAAAGCCAACCACGAGGAAGUGCUGCGCAUCUCAGUGGUCCGGGCUGAGGCCCUGCAGAAGCUGGUCACGCACCUCCUUGGGAAGCUGGGGGAAAGCACAAACUCUCCAUGACCUCCAGCCAUUAAUCCUUCAUAUCAUAAUGUGUGUGAACACUACCAAGUGUUGGGGGAGAGCUGGUGGUGGGACUGUCCCUUUCUCUCAUGAUUUUAAAUAGACCUUUUGAUCUUUGUGCUGUAUCUGAUCAGGUGCAUAGGUUCACUUUGAAUUUUGCCAGAAUGAUCCCCUUGUUAGUAGCCGGUGACCAAAACAGCUUACUGUCAACAGUCCAGCACAUUCCCAAACCCCAGUCAGCAGUUCCCCAGUACUGUGACCUCCAGCUGUCUCUCCUGCACCCUUCUGCCCCAGAUCUCUGCUCCCCAUUGCACAUGAGCCAGGUCAAGAGUUGGUUGUGGGGCUUGGUGCCUGCUGGGCCUGCUCUGGUAGGGCCUGGUCUGAAGCCAGUGGAAGCCCACAAGACUGAGUUUUGAAUACAUGAAGUGGGCCAGACUAAAGAUGAGAUCUGCCUGGGACAAGCAAUGGUGCCGAGCAGGUGAAUUGCAAUUGAUUUUACAGCUUGGAAAACCACUGCAAUUCUAUGGGGUUGUGCAACCUUUUCCUCCCAGAAGGUCUCCCAGAAAGCCAUCUCUUUCCUUAUCCUUGGCUCCUCAUGACCAGCUGCAGAGCUUGGUAACUGUUUGCUACAAUGCAGCACAGCCCCAGAACCCCUCACACCUCUCUAUUCUGUUUCAUUGCCCAAUUUAGCAGGAUGUGAAAAUUCAGCUCAGUACAAGGAAUGGCUUACCUGUGCACCAUGUAAACAUUGCCAAGCUGGAAACAGAAUCCAGGUCUGUCUCUCCCUGGUUUUGAUCAGUUUCUGGAUGUCUUGGAGAUCAGUGGCUUCCGUACUGCAGGCUGAUUUCCUGCUGGUGCCCAAAAGCAGAGAGAUCAGUUUGAUCCCAGGUUUCACAUGAGCUUUGCUGCUGUCCCUGCAACAGAUUUUGGAGCACCAAUGGUUUGUAAAUUUUAGCAAUGCGAAAUUACAGGGGAAAUAUUUUGAAACAGGUGUGAUAUUUUUCUGGGACUUUCUUGGUCCUCUUACAUAAAGAAAUUGGACCAAGCAGUGAGUAAAGGACAAACAGGAGAGGUUCUCCCUUACCGGUGUGGUGACGGUCUGACAAGAAAGGGGGAACAUUCACCAGAACAGUGCAUUAUUCAUUGUUCCUCAAAGGUCAAGCUGAGCUGUGGAUGCAGCUGGAUGUGAAACAGUGAUGGUAAUUAUUAGAUAACCUUUUUCCCUUCAUUUAUCUUGUAGUUCUCUAUAAAGCCCAUCACUGUCAUAGCUAAAUGUUUUUAGUUGACUCAGUGGUCUGAACUGAAGACGCCCAACCGGUCGUGGAGAGCUCCCAACCUGCCUUCCUAAAUUUAGCUGACCAGUUGUUUACCAUUGACGCUCACCCUCUGUCACAGCCUUCAGCCUUCCAUGACAUUUCUUCCAUUUUUUCCAGAUGGGUAUUUGCUUGAAGCCUUUCAUGCUGCAAUUACUGGAGUCAGCUGCAGUAUCCAUGGUGCAGAUGUUGCCACCAGGAGGAACAGUUGUGCUGUGAAUAUUUUCCAUUAAAUGGUAGCAUUUCAGGUGUAGGGGAGAUCUUGGGGUGGCUCCCUUGUGUCCUCCUGGGCAAUGUUACCUGUGGUCAGCCCUGAGAAAUAUCUGCCCAGCCUGGUCUGGAGGACUUGUGGAAAGGAAGGAUUCAUUGCUUGUGCUCUCCUGGCAGAGUCACUUGUUCAGCAGCUCUUGGCACUUGGAGGAGCCCUCAGAGACAGCAGCUCUUCCCAUUUGGUGUGUCUGACUGUCAGGACAGUCUCUGGGACCAGCUCUGGUGGUAAUCUGCAAAGGGAAAGAGGCUCCAGCUCCAUCUUUAAAAAUAAUGCUGUUCCCUUUCCAGAUCAGGCAGGAGUGAAGUGCUUGCCUGCGCAAGCAGGGAAAUAUGAAAAGUGGCAGAUGUGCAGAGCAAGAAGGAACCACUUCUACCUGCUCCCUUUUCAGACUUGUCCCAGUAUGAGCUUGUUACAGGGCAGGGAGAGAGCAGAUCAUUUCCCCUGCCUAGAAAAUGGUGCUUCACAUUCAUCUAAUUAAUACUUGGUAAAUACAAAGUCUCUCAAGUGGGAGUGGAAGGCAGCUGUGCAGCUCGCUGUAGCUAGCAGCAGCCAGAGUAGCUAAGGCUGGGAUUUCAGCAGACUCCAUUAAUUAAUCAGAGUCAGGCUGGGCUGGGAUGUGAAGGGAAGCAUCCAAAAAACCCUGCUGUUGUGCUGGUACUUCUCAGGCAGGGUUUGAGAUGAUGAGGAGCUUGGCAUCAACACCUGCUUUCAGCAGGCCAGGUCUGCUCCUCUCUCCAGCUGCACCGGAGGCAGAUACCGUGCUCUUGUGUCUGAAUACAGCUGAAAUGCAAUUUAAAAUUUAACCUAAAAAUCACCAUACAGCUAAGUCUUCAGCAAAUUAUGUCUAUUUAAAAAUUAAAAAAAAAAAUCUAAAUUGCAUCUGAGCCUUUAAAUAGUUUGAGGCUCUUCUUUCAGCUGCCCAGAGUUGGCUUGGAUGGCCCAAACUUUGCAUGAACAUCCCACUUUUUUACCUGUCAAUGGUAAGAGGAAGAUGCCCUGGGCACUUUGGAAAGGACCUUGUUCAUUUGCAGGCAAGAGGGGAAAGACAAAAAUUAACACAGUGAGCUCAUCUGGCUUUGGAGAUACUUUUAAUAUAAUUUUGUGGGUUUUUUAAUGCUGAUGAAUUUCACAAGUCUGAAAUACAGUGAUGCAAGAUGGAUAAGAUGUGUGGGGAAGGAACUGUGAGGGAAUAAAACCUG